GUAUACGUGUGUCCAUUAUUUUCAAGUAAUAACGUUUAAUUAUUUAUUUACACGGUACACCGCGGUACGUAAGUGUCCUGUGCACGAAGUGUAGUGCGAUUAAUAUUGUGGGGUAUCGCUUUCCGUUAAAAAUACAUAAAAUAAUCAGAUAGACGCGAACAAUCUAUGACUUAUGGACCUUCGUUUCUGGAAAUUCUUUUGCUACCUCAUAAAUUGUUUACAAGUUGUUCACGCUGGUUUACGACUAAGCAAAACCCUCAGAACGUGUUAUUUGCGCUAGGAGUACAAUUUCCUUUUCAGGAAUCGUCCGUGACCGUUGGAUGGACGUAAUGCACCCUUAUUUCGAGCAUUUGCGCGUUUUAUAACCUGACGACACAUCCAAAGUUUUUCUGUCUUUAUCAUGUCAUAGCAUCUUUGACAAAAUAUUAAUUGAUCUAAAACAAAAUUAAUGAAUGUCAAAAUGUGGUCAUCGCAAGGUAACAACUCAAAUACAAAUUCUUCAAACGAAAGAAAUCUUCGUACAUUGGGUAUGACAUCUGCUAUUAGUGUAGCAGAACCGAAACCCAGUGAUCUUACAAGAACAAAUGAAUUAAAGGAAGCAUUGAAACCUUACAAUGUAUUUGAAUCGGAAGAAGAAUUAAAUCAUAGAAUGGAAAUUUUAAGCAAACUAAAUACACUGGUGAAGCAAUGGAUAAGGGACACGAGCAUCGCCAGAAAUAUGCCACCCAAUGUAGUUGAACUAGUUGGCGGUAAAAUAUAUACUUUCGGUUCAUAUAGGUUAGGGGUACAUCACAAAGGUGCUGAUAUAGAUGCUCUGUGUGUUGUACCUCGUCACAUCUAUAGGUCUGAUUAUUUUACAUCCUUCUUUGAGUUGCUGAAAAUGCAAGAAGAAGUUACAGAUUUAAGGGCAGUGGAAGAAGCGUUUGUACCAGUUAUAAAAAUGAAUUUUGAUGGUAUUGAAAUUGACAUGUUAUUUGCAAAACUAGCUCUUAAAGAAAUUCCAGACUCAAUGGAUCUUAAGGAUGAUAUGCUUUUGAAAAAUCUUGAUCAGAAAUGUGUGAGGAGUCUUAACGGUUGCAGAGUAACAGACGAAAUAUUACGUUUAGUACCUAAUAUAGAAAAUUUUAGGUUGGCACUUAGAGCUAUUAAGUUGUGGGCAAAACGAAAUGGCAUCUAUAGUAAUGUGCUAGGUUAUCUAGGAGGUGUAUCUUGGGCGAUGUUGGUUGCAAGAACGUGUCAACUUUACCCGAACGCUGUUGCAGCAACACUAAUAGAAAAAUUUUUCCUUGUAUUUUCUCAGUGGAAGUGGCCGCAACCAGUCCUUCUAAAGCAACCUGAUAAUGUUAAUUUAGGGUUUCCAGUUUGGGAUCCAAGAGUAAAUAUAUCAGAUAGAUAUCAUUUGAUGCCAAUAAUUACACCAGCAUAUCCUCAACAAAAUUCAACGUUUAACGUGUCGGUUUCAACAAGAACCAUUAUGCAAGAAGCAUUUGAAACUGGGGUGUCAGUCACGGAAGAAAUUAUCAUGGGGAAAGCAACGUGGGAUAAGUUAUUCGAACCUCCUAAUUUUUUUGGCAAAUACAAACAUUAUAUUGCAUUAUUGGCCAGAAGUAUAGCCGCGGAAGAGCAACUUGAAUGGUGUGGGCUUGUCGAAUCAAAAAUACGGCAUUUGAUAGGAACACUGGAAAGGAAUCCUCACAUUACAUUGGCGCAUGUAAACCCAGAAGCACUUCCACCAUUAGAACCAGAACCAGAGGGGCACUGCUCCAUGUGGUUCAUCGGCUUACUUUUUGCCAAAAGUGAAAACUUGAAUGUUGAUCUCACAUACGAUAUAAAAUCUUUUGUGGACUCAAUUCAAAGGCAAGCGGAGCAAUUAAACAUGUUGAAGGACGGCAUGUGGAUAGAAGCGAAACAUGUGAAACGAAAGGACCUACACACAUAUGUUUCUCCUAGCUUGAUUAAACGCGAAAGAAAAGUUUCUGGCAGCGUGCAUAAAAAUGGAAAUAUCGCUGGUAAUGGAAACAGUGGUAGUAUUUCACCACGAAACCCAGGAGAUACAGCAAGUAGGAAGAGAUUAUCAGACCAAACCCCGGACACAUGUGUAAAAAAACGAAGGGUCAAUGACGGCGAACAGCUAGUGACACAGGGAGAAGAUGGAUCGUUAGUAGUUCAAUCUUGUGGAGAAGAUAGCAAUUCUGGAUUUAGCUUGGAUGAAUACAAACAAACAUUGACAGCUACUAAGGAUGUAAGACAUUGUACAUAUAAUGAACAAUAAUCAACAUAGAACAAAAUUAGGAUGGACCUACUGGUGCAUCUACAGUAGCGCAGGAAGGAUACGUUUGCACUUGACCACUGCAGGAUUACUACCUCACAUCGAUCCACAGAUGCUCCUCUGGGCCAUCUAGACUGUAAUCACAUCUCAUACAACCAUCCACUGCCCACUGUAAGUCCCCCGUUUCGUAAAAACAAAGCAACGUCAUGCGUUGGAGAAAGCUACCUGUUGGAAUCAAUCGAUGCACGACUGUGUGACAGACGCUCUGAUUUUAGUAUUUAUAAACAACAUCAACAGUCAAUGGGAACAAUUACGCUACGAAUUAAUGAUUGUGCCAGUGUCUGUGAUGUUACUUUUUUUAUUAUAAACCGAAUAGUAAUUUGGGAAUUCUUAACGGAAUGAUUACAAGUAACAUGAAAUUUAAAUCUAUCAUUAUCUAUAAGGUUUAUAACUUUAUUUUUAUAUUUUAUUUUGUACAUAUCGCUUAUUAUCAUUUUUAUUCACGAAAUUAUGGAAAAAAAAAAAAGAAGACAAGAGAAGUCACGGUAACGGGUCUAGAAAACAGUUCGUGUUAUCGUAUUGAUAUGUGAAUAUAGGUAACGGUAUUUUGAAUUAGAAGCUUAUAUUAGAAUUUUCGACUAAAAGAAAAAAGAAUGAAAAAAAAAAAAAAUACGAAGGUUUCAAUGUUACGAAUAUGAAACGUAUUCUUGUAUAAAAAAAAACGCAUUUCUUUAAUGCAUAAGUAGAUAAAGUAUAAAAAAAAAAAAAUAGGUAUGUUUAAGUUGUAAAUAAUUCGUGCGCUUCGUUGCUCUCGCGUCGGUGUAAACUACAUGAAGCGAUCUGUCUUUGAGUUUGAGAAAGUAUAAUCCUAAUAUGGUAAUGCGUUUUAUUUGCUUCAGUUAUUUAGAACAUAUUUAUAAUAACAUUACUUAAUAUUAUUUAUAAUAUCUACGCUAAACGGUUUAUUUGAAUAUCAGUUACUAAAUGGAGCUCAAUUCCGAUGCAUAUAAUAUUAUUAUACUUCCGCGUAAAUCUAAGAUUCUUUUUUUUUUUUAAUUUCGUAUCGUAUCAAUAACCAGUCGGGUAACGAACGAAAAUCACCGGCACUGGCAUAAGAGAUUUGAUGUUUCAUUUACAGAACAAAAGAACCAGACAUUGAAUAGCAUAGAUUCGUAAUGAUUACUUAGAAAUGAUCUGUAAAUAAAACAUCCCUAAGAAAGCCAUUGACUAUCGUUUUGACGAAUGUGUUACGUUAAAUGAGUUUCGUAUUGGAGUCGCUUUUUAGUUUUUAUUCACAGAAACGAACGUAUAGCUUUAACAAUGCAACAAGGGACUGGCAUCUGGAUUAUUCAAACCAUCAAUCACCUGUUGGUGAGUUUUUUCAGGUGUUUGACUGCCUUCAGUCCCCUUUCAGACAUAGUUCUCUAUCUUAUACUCCUUGAUCCUGGUUUUCGUACCAUUUCCUUUACCUUUUUCAAAUUACAUUGGUGUUAAAGGCAUGUCGGUCAUCGUAUGUUUCGAGGUAUUUGAUGUUCACUCUCUGAUACAUGUACAGAUAUCGAAACGAAUAGUACAUUAUGAUAUAAUAACGACUAUCAAAUCGAGGAACUGAGUAUUUGCAAGGCAGACUAUACGAAAUGAAGCGCUGUAUACGAAUACAAUUUUUGUACAUGUACAAACCAUUGCAAUUCUAACAUUAAUACCACGACGCGGCACUUUCACUAUAAAUUGUAUAGUUAUUUUUCAGCUCAUCCUUUGAAAUAACGCCUUCGAGUAGAUCUCUGCCGCGAGUCUGCGCAAUAUUUGAUUCAAGACGUGCUACAGUAGAUACUUUGGGAAUGCUGUAGUUAAUUCUAUUCAGUGGUUAGGGACCAUUUUGUUGUUUGUAUAUAUUCGUUGUAAUUUUGGGAUAGUAGUUUAUUUUGUUUCAAGUUUUACUCGCUAUUCAUCGUUAUUAGAAUCUGUAUAUUCUCUACUCGUGUCUUGCACCAAUUAAAGUAUACAAUAACAAAGAUGUAAUACACUGUACUCUUGAAAGAACCAAGGUCUCUCAGAAAAUGAUAAUUUUUUUUUCUUUCUUUUUUUAUAUAUACAUAUUAUAAUUUGUUACUUUAUUGAUGUUGCAUUCUGUCAUUUUGUUACAGUAACAGGAACACUUCUGUGAUUCGCGAAAAUAUGAACACGAGAAACCUUUGCAGAUCUAAGCGAAUGUAGUCAGUGUAUCAAUUUCAUUGUGCAAAUUGAGAUCUUUGAGCCUUAAAUAAAUGAGUCUCUUAUGCGAGUAUAUUAUUUAUUUUACACUCCAAUUAGAAUGUUUUAUUCAGAUGUAUGCACAUCAUUGUAUAAUUUAUGCAUUAACAUCCACGUAAUCACUGAAUUGUACUUUGCAUACAAAUAUUUCAUUCUUGUAGGAGAAUUUAAUUUAGCAGUGAAUAACAUAUUUAUAUAUAUAAAGAUGUCUGAAAAUAGAUCU